UCUAACUGUCCCUCUUAACAAUUCCAAAUUUCUAGCCCACACCCAAAUGGGUUGACUUUUUUCUCUUGUUGACAUCCCUCGGGAAGAGCCGCAGCCCUGGUGUUUGAGGACCCGGUGUGCACUGGUGCUGCCACGACCUUGGCUGUCCUCGGCCCUCAUCUGGCACGAAGCUGGUUUGCAGCCCUGGGCUCCCCACACGGAAGGAUGAGGGGAGAACGUGACCGAGGUCGGCGCCUUCAUGCUGGUGGGCUUCCUCACGGCCCCGGCUGCCUCCCUCUUCGUGCUGGUGGAGAACCUGGCCGUCAUCCUCACCAUCUGGGGCAGCUCCUCCCUCCACAGGCCCAUGCACUACUUUCCGGGCAUCCUGUCGUCCCUGGAGAUCUGGUACGUGUCUGACACCAUCCCUAAGAUGCUGGACGGCUUCCUCAUGCAGCGGGGACGCAUCUCCUUCGUUGGCUGCAUGACUCAGCUCUAUGUCUUCAGCUUCCUGGUGUGCACCGGGUGUGUGCUCCUGGCCUCCAUGGCCUGCGACGGCUACCAAGCCAUCAUGAUGGGGCUGUGCGUCCAGCUGGUGGCCUUCGCCUUCGUGAGUGGCUUCACCAUCUCUGUGAUCAAGGUCUCCUCUAUCUCCAGCACCACAUUCUGUGGCUCCAACGUCCUGAAGCACAUCUUCUGUGACAUCUCCCCCAUCCUCAAGCUGGCCUGCACGGACUUCUCGACCGCCGAGCUGGUCGGCUUCGUCCUGACCUUCAGCAUCCUGGUGUUCCCGCUCGUGGCCACCAUGCUUUCCUAUGGACACAUCACCCUGGCCGCCCCCCGCGUCCCCUCGGCCACGGGCCGCCGGCGAGCCUUCUCCACCCGCGCCUCCUGCCCGGUCACCACCUUCUACAUGGCCUUGAUAUUCAUGUACGUCUGGCCCCAGGCCAUGGAUUCCCGGAGCUCCAACAAGCUCAUCUCUGCUGUUUACACUGUCCUCACCCCAGUCAUCAACCCCUUGAUCUGUUGUCUGAGGAACAAAGAAUUCAAGGAUGCUCUGAAAAAGGCUCUGGACUUAGGUCAACUUUCACAGUAGCACAGUUAAAUGUCCUAUAGUCUAAUCUGUGGUGAUAAUAAAAACAACACCUUAUAGGACACUUUACUUUCUUUAAUAGUGACAAUUUAUGUAAUUAAUUAGUUUAUUUUUGGCUGUGCCACGCAGCUUGCAGGAUGUUAGUUCCCCCACCAGGAAUCGAACCCGCACCCUCAGCAGUGAAAGUGCAGAGUCCUAACCACUGGACCACUGGGGAAU